CACGAACUAAAGCCCUAUCAACUAGUUGGUUUGAACUGGCUGCGUCUGUUACAUCACGAACAGCUAAAUGGGAUCCUUGCCGAUGAGAUGGGUCUUGGCAAGACAGUUCAAGCGAUUGCUUUCCUGGCUCACCUUUACGAGAUGGGCCAGCGUGGACCGCAUCUUGUUAUUUGCCCUAGUUCCACCAUUGCGAACUGGCAGCGCGAGUUGGCAACUUGGUGCCCCUUUCUUCGAGUGCUCACCUACCAUGGUUUAGCGGACGCUAGGAAGGCAAUCAGAAUGCGAAUUUACGAGCGCGUGGCUGCCCAUGAAAAGGACUGUGAUCCGCUAAAGACCGCUACACUUGGAGCAGAUUCUGGCGGGGCUGAUGUCGGGCAAGAGGAUUGUGAGAUUAAGUCAGAAUUCGACUUUAACGUACUCCUAACCAGGUAA